ACACCCUACACCCCAUACCCCCUAUCCCAUACCCCAUACACCCCAUACCCCACACCCCAUACACCCUCUACCCCAUACCCGACAACACCCCACACACCCCAUACCCCACACACCCCAUACCCCACACCCCACACCCCAUAUCCCACACCCCAUACACCCCACACC